AAGUCAGGAAAGGGUUUAUUUUUCUCUUUUUAUGUUUUGUGAUAAGAAAGGUUUGUCGUUACUGAAUUAAUUGUUUUUUUAUUUAGUUUUUUUUUUGUUUUUUGUAUUUGGUGUGGGUUUAUUUAUUUAUUUAUUUUUUUAUUUUGUGGUAAAUGUGUUUUUUUUUAUUUGUUGUUAAUUAGUGAUGUUUCUCAUUUUUCUUUCUUUCUUUUUUUAUUACAUUUGGUGUUUGAUGUGAUGUAUAUAGCGGUAUAAAGAUGAUCACUGUUGCAAAUAGUUGAUGCAGACCACACAAGUGAAGGUCUGGUGGAGAAGAAAGCAUUUGGGAGAAGGAUUAAAAUUGCGGCAAUUAUGUGGUUUAUUUUACAGGAAAUGACGAGCGACAUAAGUGUGAUAGAACUGAGACUUGUACCAGUGCAUUUUACUGGUGUUUGAUUUCCUGAAUUUUGUCUUCCGAGCCAAUUUGCUGACGCUGCAGGCUGCUUGGAGAUUAGUUUUCCCCCCUCCCGAGAAAUCAGUUGUGGGAGAAAUCGUUUUGAUAACAGGAGCUGGCCAUGGCAUUGGGCGCGAGUUAUCCCUCCAACUGGCACGUCUGGGAGCAAAAAUUGUCUGUUUGGACAUUGAUGAGGCAAACAACCAGAAAACUGUCGCAGAUAUUUGCCGUGAAGGUGGUGCUGCGUAUGGAUAUAAAUGUGAUGUGACAAGCAGAGAUGAAGUGAGAACUGUGUCUAAUGAGAUUCGUGAAAACAUUGGUGAAAUAACUAUUCUUGUGAAUAAUGCGGGGAUAAUGCCCUGUAAACCGUUUAUCAAGCACACUCCGGAAGAUAUUGAGAGGAUCUUCAAAGUCAACGUAUUUGCACACUUUUGGAUGCUAAAAGAGUGGCUGCCAACUUUCAUAGCCAUGGGACGUGGCCAUGUUGUCGCCAUGUCUUCUAUUGCUGGACUUAUGGCAACCAGUAAUGUUGUGCCUUAUUGUGCUUCUAAAUAUGCUGUUAAAGGUCUAAUGGAUGGCCUUGUGGAAGAGAUGAGGUACGGAGGUAGAAAUCCGAACAUCAAAUUCACGUGUGUGCAUCCCUUCGUUGUUGACACCGGACUUGCAAAGAAGCCCCGUAUAAGAUUUCCAUCCUUCAACCCAAUAACAACAGCCAAGAGUUGCGCUGAACAAGUUGUCAGUGGCAUACUUCGGGAACAGGAAGUUGUAUGCAUUCCUGACAAAGACUUCUAUGGUCACAAGAUGAUGCUGUUGUUACCUCGAGAAGUCCAGAAAGCAUUCCUGGAUUUCAUGGAUACUGGAGUGGAUGAACAUGAUAGCUGAUUAGCUGCUCGGAGAAGCAAGUGUUGAAAAUGGAUAGUUAAUACAUUAGUUACUGAAGUAGAAUUAUGCCCAUGGGGUCAGGUAAUUUUUUUUUUUUUUUUUACAUAAAUGUUAAUGUUUACUGGAGGUUGUAUGGCAUGUUCUUUGUACUUAUGAAUACGCAUGUUUGGUUUGGAAAGAGUUGUUUCAUAAUGAAAUAAAUAUAAGUAAUAGGGCAGUGUCUUUGAGUGAGUUUCUUUUCUUUAGAGUAAGAGAUUAAUAAAAGGGACUGAAAUAUAGAUGAUUAUGAUAAUCUUUAAUCCAUUUGUGUGUGAUCUGGAAAUCUCUCUUGCUGGAAAUCUUUCUGCUGAUUGCUAAUGAAUACUAUCUUCAUUCAAUAUUGGUUUUCUUUCUUUCUUUGUAUAGAAAUGCCGUACAAGGUCAUUAAAAAUAACACAGUAUGGAAGAGUUUAUGGAGUAAGGACCAUUUUCCACUCCUCAAGUUUGUUGAUUAUAAUAAAGAAGGAAAGAAAAUGUUAAGAUAACACUUUAGGUCACAUUAGAAUCCAAUUUUUAAAUUAUUGUUUUUUUAUUGAUAUUAUGUUUAUUUAUUAACCUACAGGCACCCUUUUUUGUUGUGUUAAAAACAAAACAUGUAUGUAUUUGUAUAAAUUGAUUAUAUCAGAGGAAAAGUAAUAAUGAAAAAGGUAUAACGAACUUGUACACAUUAGUUCACUUCAUUUGUAGUCUAAUUGCUGCUGUGUUUUACAGGAAAAAGUUCCUCCAAGAAAUUUCUUUCCUCUGUAAUAUGAUAAAGUACUGGAAUGAAGAUUACCAUAAGAAAAUGAUUUUAGUAUUACUAGUUGAGGGUUUCCUUUUUUGUUUGAUCCAUCCACUCUAACCUUUUCACAAAUACAUGUUUACUAAAGGUCUUUCUUACCUCUCAGGCAUCAGAUUCAUAUUUUAUUACUUUGGACUUGAAAGACCCUCAAGGAUUUAACAUUAAUUCUCACCGAUUGUAUAGUUAGGUUGCUAAUCUAGAUACGUCAGUGCUUAGUCCCAUAGAAUAGGGGAUACAUUUUUGUAAGGUUCCCGUGUAAUAACCUGAAUGAUAAAAUUGUGCUGAUACAAAGGGAGAAGAACCCGACUCAUUCUAAAAGGAUUUGUUAAUUUGCUUAUAUGGAUAACCAUAAUAUAUACAAGGCAUUGGAGCUUUAGGCACAGAUGCUUUUUCUUGCUCUCUCAACUGUGAUCAAAUUAGGAGUGUGAAACUUUCCCGUGUGAUAGCUUAUGGAAAGGCUUACUCUGCAUUUUCAGAUUUUGUGAUUAUUAGAAUUAUCUAUCAUUCUGUAUCAUUCCAUUUACUCUGUUUAUGUGCUGUGAUCAGUUUGAUAAAGUACUUUCUAUUCCUCUGGCUUUUUAUUGGAAAAAAUAUACAGGAGAAUAAGAUAUUAAAUUAAAAACGAUUCUUACCUGGUACUGAAUCAGGUGACUCAUUAUUGUUUGGUAUCUUAACAUUCCAGAAAUAUGGCAAAGGGAGGUAAAUGUCAGAAGGCAUAGCAAUAUUUUUAUUUAGGAAGUCCUGUAAAUAGUUAUAUUAUUGAAAUUACUGAAUAACUUGUGUUGAGAAUAUUUUCUUAUAUUAAGGCCACAUUUUUUUGGUCGAGUUGUAUUUUCAUAAUACUUUUAUAAAUGUGAUAAAAUCUUUUAGAUAAUAGAGCAUGUCUUCAUAGGAUCCUUUGGGGAUACUAACUGGAAAAUGUAGGAAGUGUAAAAAACAAAAUUUGCCUUUAAUAAUGAAUUGUUAACAUAGCUUUUUAUAUUCAGAAAUUACUUUUGUGGAUAAAACAAGAAUGAUCUCAUAAGGUAAAUAUGGAUAUAGAAUUUUUUUUUUUUUUUUUUAUAUGUUAACUAUUACAAUUUCAAUAAAACUGUUCAAAGAU